AUGGCAGCCGAAACAGCCAACGGAGGCUCGUCCAUAGUACUCACUCGCCGUGAUGACCGCUCUCUACUCAUGUCCGUGGUGCUCUUCCUCAUUCGCCGAUUUCGCAACCAGAUAAACAAAGGCGGCCCCGAGCACGAAGAUGGCUCGCCCAAGCUCGAUCCCCCGUUAUCCAAGCUGAAUGGCUGUACUUUUCGCGAACGUUCCGUGUGCGACAUUCGUAUAUACGACUAUGUGCUCUCUAGCAAAGUUACGCAGAGUCCGAAAAAGCGAAUUUACUAUUUCGCAGGCGGAAGUUGGCAGCAGCCGCCAACGGGCCAACACUACACCAUGUGUGCAAUGAUAGCAAAGGAAAUGCCAGAUGCGGUUUUGUCAAUCGUCUCGAUGCCGCUUGCGCCAAACAAUCCUGCACCGAGCUCUUUCCCAUGGUGCAUGAGGUUGUAUCGCACACUCAUGGCCGAAGCCAAAGCGUCUGGAGAGAGAGUCAUCAUGGCUGGUGAUUCCUCUGGGGCCAACGUUGUUUUAUGUCUGCCGCUAGAGGCUCUAAGGGAGGACAAGGAGGCCGGACUGGACUUGAAGGAGACAGCAGCUCCAGUCGCCAUCAUGACCAUCUCGCCUUCCACCGAUCUGACGCGCAACAACCCUGAAAUCAAGAAGAUGGCGCAUAGAGAUCCACUCCUCACACCGGAAGUCAUCAGGGGGACUGCGACUGCCUGGUGUGGCGACUGGGAUCCCGCAGACAAGCGGAUAUCACCUCUGCAUGGCGACAUUUCAUUGCUUGCUAGUCGAGGCAUCAAGGUCCAUGGCAUUACCGCAGGGUGCGAUGUGUUGAGUCCGGAUGGCGUACGGUUUCGCGAAAGAUGUGCCGAGGAGGGUGUGCAGGGUGAAUGGGUACAUUGGGAGAAUCAGAUGCACUGCUUCGUUCUGAUGGUAUCCUACGGAAUGCAAGAGGCCAAGGAUGGCGUACAAUGGAUCAUUGCGACGCUCAAGAGGGAGUAG